GACGUUGUGUUUACAGUGGCAAGUCGCGAAUUUAGUUGAAAAUGGAGAGGAGAAAAUUGAGCUCAAUUUUAGUGUUAAUGAAGAAUUGUUAUAUUAAUAAAUUUACCCAAAUGAAUUAGUGAAGUAAACCGCACAUAUUUACCGAAACUCAAGUGACUUCUAUAACAAAAAGUUAAAUUUUAUUGCUAUAAUUUGCUGCCAGAGGCUCUCUGGUGGGCUAAUCUUGUGCUGCUUCAGUCCGUCUGCGUAUGAAAACGAUAAGCUAACAGAGAGUUGCGCUCAAUAUUAUCUUAUUGUUGGGGAAAUAGCUCCACACGACAUGCUUGCUUGUAUUUGAAGCGAUAGCUAUGAGCUUUUUGAAGACGUGCCGGCAAGGUCUGGCGAUUAGUCACAUUUAGAUUUUCUCCGCGAGCAGUUCUGAUGGGAUAUUAUCGCGGUGUUUGAAGUGUUGCUGUAUUAAAUGUUGGUAUAUAACAGGUGCAAUCAGAACGACCAGAGCAGUGCGUCAAACGUGAUAAGUGAUUUGGCGUUGGAGGGAAAUUAAUUUACACAACAAUUAAAUGAACUGUUAUGACUUGACAUAAACGUGGUCGUUAUGAGCAAUUAUCAUUGAACAAUUAAUUACAAAUACGUAUAAGAAGCGUGAAAAUCGUUCGGCGAUAGCUAAAAAGCGUUCAACAAUAAUUAAUCAACAAUCAACAUUAAAUCCUAAAAUAUUUUCUAUAAUCCAAGGUAUCCAAAAGAAGUCACCAAAAGCCAGAUUUGUUGUAAAAACAUAGUCUUACAUAUGUAUGUAAGUAUGCGUAAAGGUGUAUCAUGAAAGUAUAUAAACGUUGGUGGAUGCAUAUACGAACACGCAUUUAGCUCUUUCUCUCUUGAAUCGAACUGAGCAGAACCGUCCAAAAUGCUGACCUGCUUUAUUAUUAUUUUCGUGAUAUUAUUCUGCAGCUUUUAUUUUGCCAAAACCUCUAAGGAGAUGCCAAAGAAUUGGUAUGAGCUGAAAACGGAGCUGCGCUACCAAUACAUUGGCCUAGUUGGCCUGAUACACGAUUUCACAUAUCGAUCACGCGAUCGCGUUGCGCUUUAUAAGCAGCCUGGACGUGUAGCUGUAAUUACGGGUGGCAACCGUGGCAUUGGACUUCGCAUUGUGGAGAAACUACUGGCCUGUGAUAUAACGGUUAUAAUGGGUGUUCGUGAUCCCGUCAGCGCCGAAGCUGCGGUCACUUCCGUUGUCGACCUCACCACAAGCGGCGGCAAACUGAUAUGUGAGCCACUUGACAUUGGCGAUCUGACGUCCGUUAAGACAUUCGCUGAAAAGGUGAAAGCGCGCUUCAACAAGGUGGACUUACUAAUAAACAAUGCUGGCAUCAUGUUUGCGCCCUUCAAGCUGACCGCCGAUGGUUUCGAAUCACAUUUCGCUACCAACUACUUGGGUCACUUCCUGCUUACUCAUCUACUUUUGCCCGAGCUAAAAGCAGCCGGCAAAGAAGGCAAAAACGCGCGCAUUGUGAACAUUUCCUCCUGCGUGAAUUUGAUUGGACGCAUCAAUUAUAACGACAUCAAUGGACUCAAAAAUUAUUACCCCGGCAGCGCGUACAGUCAAUCGAAAUUGGCACAAAUCCUCGCUACACGUCACCUGCAAACGAUCUUGGACGCACAGUCGGCGCAUGUACAGGUGAAUGCCGUGCAUCCGGGCAUUGUAGACACCGAUCUAUUCGAGCACAGCGCCACCACUUAUGUGCCGUUCAUGAAGAAACUUUUAUUCAAAAAUCCCGAGCAGGGUUCACGCACCGUCGUCUUUGCCGCCAUCGACCCCAAGCUGGAAGGCAAGGGUGGCAGCUACUUGAGCAAUGGUGGACUUGGCCAAAUGCAUAGAGAUGCGAAGGAUCCAGCUAAAUGUAAGAAAUCUUUCAAAUUCUCUUGCGAACUGUUGAAAAUCGCAGAUUUUGGCAAUGGAAAAAUUUGAUGCAAAACGUGUGAGCAACAAUAUAGCCUAUAUACCAACGGAUUUUCCAUCAUAAAACACAUAUACAUACUUUUUCAAUAUUUUUAAGCCACUAAGAAUACUGUAUGCAAGUUAUAACUGUUUCAGCAUACCAGUUAUUUCAAUUUUAGAUUUUGAAAGUUUUGUAUUUUAUAUAGAAUUAUAUAAAGAACAUUCCAUUUCCAUCUAAAUGGCAAUAACCACAUCAAUUUCUCUUAUUUAUAUUUUUAUAAACUAGUACUGAUCCAAACACAAAUAACAUUUGUAUUAAUCUGUAUUAGCCGUAGUAAAAGCAUUUAAAUGUGAGUGUAUUUAUGUUAAUAAUUAAACUAAACUACAAUUGUAUUUAUUUACAUAUGUGAAUAAAUUAAUAUUUUUAUAUGAAAUAUAAA